AGAUCACGUAUUUGCAUUUGAACUGCGGAACUGUACCUCUCUCGAACAGAAAGCCUGCGACGAUGAAAUAUGAUAAAGAAUAAACCAAUAAACGAAAUGCUUGUCAUGGAGCUUCGUGCGUUUCCCCGAUAAUACAUACAGCGCCUCCAAAAUAGUUACGGGCUGAACUGUUGAAGAAAGACUGAAGCCAGAGGACUCACAAGUACAGCUCCAGAUAAAAAGAAGUCCAAAGAGAAUUUUUCAAAUCUUGCUUAAGACAUCCUCGGCCUUUGAAGUUUGAAAAAGACUGUCUUCGCUAACAGGCUCAGGAAACACCAAUAAAUCUGUUAUCAAACACAGAAAUGGCAAACCGAUCUGAGGAUGGAAACCACACUACAAAUCAAGAGGCAUUUUGCAUCAAUACGUCGUUUGGAAGAGAACUGCAUCUGUUUCUUGUGGUGCUAAAUAUUUGCUUGGGUAUAACCGCAUUUACGUGGAAUGCUCUCAUUCUUGUCGCAUUGCAAAAGUGUUCAGUUCGCCCCCCAACGAAAUUGCUAUUCCGCUGUCUUGCCAGCACAGAUCUUUGUGUGGGUCUCAUUCUACAGCCACUCUACGUUACUUAUUUGGUAAUCAGAGAAUCUCCUAACGUUUGCCGUCUUCAAGGAACACUGACCAGUAUUGCAAGUGGAAUAUUUUGUGGCAUGUCGUUGACAACAUUAACCGCACUAAGCGUGGAAAGACUUCUAGCCCUGUUGCUGGUUAUGAGGUAUAGGGAGGUAGUUACUCUAACACGCGUUCGCAUUCUGGUGGCUAUAAUGUGGGCUUUCUGUGCUAUCAGUUCGGUGCUGUUUUUCGUAAGUUUUUACGUCGCUGUAGGAAUGGUCAGCAUCAUUAUGGUACUGUGUUUAUUUAUCUCUGUCUUCUGUUACACGAAAAUAUAUGUCGCUUUCAACCGACACCAGAGACAGUUGGCACACAAUACCCCCCAGAGAAAUUCCAAAAAACCUGGAGGAGAUAUUCUCCUGAGCACGCCACGAUACAAAAAGACAGUUUCCUUCUCAUUGUUAUUGCAAAUGGCGUUAGUGACUUGUUAUCUUCCCUUUGCAAUUGUUGCAGCCUUGUUUUCCUUCACCGAAGUACGAUCGUCACUUCUUGAUUUCGCUUGGUUCGUAGCAUUGUCGGUCGUUAUGUUAAACUCAACUCUGAACCCGAUUCUUUACUUCUGGAAGAUCCGAGAUGUGAGACAGGCAGUAAAAGACACAAUGAGAAAGCUUGUUGGUCACUAAACGCUUAAAAUGGGAUGAGACAGAUGUUAUGGAUUAACAAAGAGAAACGGAAAUGACUUUUUACCUGACUUUUUGCCAGAAGUCUUUAUUUAGCUCUAAAUACGUAUUUCCUGUGGAGUAAUUCAGGAUUGUAUAGGUUCAAAAUACUUAUUUUAUCAAGAGUCCUCAUACCUUAAAUUCUUUCUUGUCUCACUUA